GUAUUACAUGCUAUAGAAUCAAUUGCAUUACCUGUCGAUGCUGCAUAUGAUAUUAGAUGCCGCAGUUAGAUAAGCACAAGCCAUAUACUGUAUGUUAGAGCAGUAUUGAACCUCAGGACAUCAUCAUUGUCAGGGAAAGGACUAUUGGAAAUUGAAUUUCUGGAUUCAGUACACAGUCUCUACAGUUGGCGCAUAUUUCAGGCAGGAAGAAUCCUCGGCAAUAUGAUGAAAGAAGUGGAUAAUGAGGAUGUGUUUUAUGAUCUACUGAGGAAAGCUGGCAACAAACUUGUUGUGGUUGACUUCUGGGCAUCCUGGUGUGGCCCUUGCAAAAUGAUUGGUCCCCAUUUUGAGAAACUGUCAGCUGAUGAAGAGUUUAAAGAUGUUGUAUGUAUUAAGGUGGAAGCGGAGGUGUGUGAGGAUUUGGCAGAGGAAUAUGAAGUCGAAUGUAUGCCAACAUUUGUGUUCAUUAAGAAAGGAGAGAAAAUAGACACAAUGCUAGGAGCCAAUAAGGCCAAGCUUAGAGAGAUGAUGACACAGUAUAAGUGAUUGUAUAAACAACAUGAAUUGCAUAUAGGAUGAUUCAAUCAGGGUGCAAAACAAUUCAUUAUUUGUGACAACUGUUGGUGCAAUCAAGAGUACGAGUCAGAUAUUUCCAAUCAUGCAAGCCUUUCAGUAUAUAGGAAAAUAAUGACACCUUGUCCGCAAACCAAUUUUCAAACACCCUGUAUUAAAAAGAUUACAUUUUAGUUGUUGUGUUUGUGUUGUUACAUAAUGGUAAUCUAGUACAGCAAAUGGAUAUAUCAUAUGUACUAUUUUUACAAUAAGAACACCUCAAUGGGAUUCAAGAUGCAUCAUUGACUCGUUACACUGUCAAAAGGGAUUAGAAAACGAUGAAGUUUAUCCUUAUG